CAGGGUUCAAAGUCGUUUCCAGAGGAAUAAAAUAAAUACUGUGACCUUGCAAUUACGAUGACUCAUGCUCUGUCGCGUAAACAACUCAAUGACGUCAUAAACGGAGUAAAAUCGGCGAUUGAGAACCGUUGGAAGAGUUAAAGUUUAGAUUUUAUUAAACAAUUCCCUCUGGAGAGAACUCCAUUCCUGUACUGUCUCCAACUGCCAAAUCUUCGGUACAUAUUUAUUUUCCCAUGGGUCACGAGGGUUACGAUUGUAGCUGGUGACGUAAGCUAGUGACGUCAGCGCGCCACGGAAGUCAAGUGUGAUGGAAUACCCUUUUCCCUACCAAAGUGACAUAGGGCGCCCUCUAUGUGGUCUACCCGAAGCCCUCUCACCGACUACGUAGAACACCCGAGUGUCUCAUAAAAGAGAAUAAAAAAGGAAAGGAGUGAGAAAAGUUAGGAUUAAACAGAGAGAGAUAAUACGACACUAAAGGUCUUUUGGGGUGGGCUCAUAUCCAACCAGUGACGAAGCCACUGGAGGCUUUGACGUGGCUGCUACGUACCUGCCCGUUUGCCCACUCCGAUUGCAGCAAAGUCGGUGACGAUAAAUACGUAACUGGGCUUGUGGUCCCCGGGCUAUGGAAAGUAUGGUCGAAGAGAACGGAUCAGCAGUUGACUCAAUGUCACCUGGUUCACAGAGUGGCGAUGCAGCACCAGCAAUUGCAACAUCGGUACAGUCAAUCAGUAGAACCCAUCAGCAGACACAUCAUCUUGUUGCCUCCACCAGCAUUGUACAACUGACAUUACCAACGUCUGGAACAACUCAGGUGCAAUCUGUAAUUCAACCUAAUCAUCAGUCUGUGAUACAGAGUGCUACGAAUAUACAACCAGUGGCAAUAUCCAAGGGGAAUGUUAUUCUUGUCAGCAAACCAAACUCUGUUAUACAGUCGACUCAAGCUAAUAUACAAACGCUACAGGUCGUCGAUGCCGCUAGUGAUGAUAGUUGUUCAGAUGAGGAGUCUCCAAAAAAGCGAAGAGAUGUCCUAACAAGACGAGCAUCUUACAGGAAAAUCUUAAAUGACCUCAGUGCAAGUGAAAUCGCAGCAGGUAACUUGACUCCCCUAGAAUACUCCCUUGAGUGUGACUCUAAUGUGGACAGUGACAUGUCUUCCCACUCGCUCCACUAUCAAACAGUCAUACCUGCGGGAACAAUACAAAUAGCUACCCAGGGGGAGGGUGUGCCAGGGCUUCACACACUGACAAUGAGCAACGCGGCAACAGCGGGUGGAACAAUAGUGCAGUAUGCACAGGGCCAGGACGCGCAAUUCUUUGUCCCAGAUUAUUCAGGACACGGGGUUGUCGUUGAGGAUGCUGCGAGGAAACGGGAAAUGAGGUUGCAAAAGAAUAGAGAAGCUGCACGUGAAUGUCGAAGAAAGAAGAAAGAGUACAUAAAAUGUCUGGAGAAUCGUGUAGCAGUGUUAGAAAAUCGAAAUCAAACUCUCAUAGACGAGCUCAAGUCACUGAAAGAGCUUUACCAGCAAAAAACGGACUGAGACUGGCAUCCAACCAUUUCGGUACGUAAUCCGAUGAAAUUCUAUCUCUCGCCCCUCGUAUGCUCGUUGUUGUCGUCCACUUCAGCAUAAUGGGAUCCUUACAUGUCCCAAAAUAAUAAUUUUUUUUCUGAGAAAAAAAAACCGACAAAACACAAAAAAAGAUGAAGUUAACAAGUUCAACAUGAAUCGUAUAAGUGUUUCUGUAUCAUAUUGUAUUUAUGUAUCGACGUGAGAUGAAAAUGAUUUUUAAAGGGAUUCUGAAAGGCUUGUGAAACUUGCUGAGUCAUUGUGAAAAACCAAAGGUCGAUUUUUGAGGCAAGAGUGUAGGGACAGGAUUUGGGGAUUUUUGAAGGGAUGAUUUUUUAAAGGGCUCUUCAUGGAGAAAAUCAAUCUCCAGAAUUUUUUUAACUUUUUUUUUUGGUAUUUGAAUGAAGGUACAAAAAUUGCGGGGUCAAUUUGACAUACGUUCUCGAUUUUUAUGGAUACAAACAGAAGUGUAAAAAAGUGGACUUUUUCACAGAUACACUAACACUUUUUUCUGGAAAAAUACUUUGUGGGUCACUUUUGAAAAAUUUAUUUGUGAAUUAAUAACAGCAUAUUCCUUAGAUCAAGAACAUCAUUUGUUCAAAACAUAAUGAUAUUAAAUAUUGCAAAUGGAGGUAAUGUUAUAGAACAUUUCCUCUGAAAAACCCCCAUUAAAAAAUAUAUUGAAAUAUAUCUUUAUUUCAUAUUGAUGAAACAUGAAAACUCGAAGAAAAAACAGGAGACAAGUGAAUUAAAAAUAAUCAACUCCCAGUUUCUACUCCAGUUUCAUUAGAACUUGAAUAAACCCAGCAAUAUCAUUUUACUAGUUUCAAAUCGAAAAUGAAAGUGAGAGAAAUUGUUUAAACAAAUUUUGAAUGGUCCGAUGGGUCCAUCCACUUUUUCUGCACGUAUUUUCUUGACGAAAUAACAUGUCACGCAAAACGGAAUCCUUUUAUUUCCUCAGUACAUGGAAAUCCUUCUAUCAAUGGGUUGUUGAUGAGUCACCAAAAGGACUGCGUUUUGCGUGUGUUAGUUUAUUCGAUUGAGAACGUUCCUGUCGAUGUUAUUGAACAAAAAUUUUGAAUUCAGAUGAUAUAUCUAGCAUUUUUAAAUAUAAAACAAUGAUACGAUACUUAUCUGGCGAUGCUGAGUUAUCGAUAUUAAAAAUUAGUCCAUUUAGGCCCUUUUCUAUCUUUCACGCAUUGAAUCUUAGUUCACAAUAUCAAGUUCUAAAUCCAAUAUUUUUCCAGUCUGAAGAUUUUGUAGAGAAAACCCCCUAAAAUAAGUAGCAAAAAUCCCCAAUGACGAGAAAAAAUUAAUAAUUUUCACAUUGAAAAAUCUGCAGUAUUGCAGUCCAACCUAAAAAGAAAGAGAACAUGAAUAUGUAAUCUGAGGAAUGAUAUAAAGUCAUGGACAUCACCGCUGUAAAAUAAUGAAAAGAAAAGUGUAAUAUAUUUAAGAAGAAAAAAUGGAAAACUAAAAAGCGAAAGAAAAUAAAAACAAAAAAACAUUAAAUAAAGAUAAAUAAAAAACAUCAGGAGUGCCUUGAAGAUUGCAGUAUAUACAUAUAUGUUUACGUAUGAGUUAUAUGUAUGUAACAAUAUAAAAGAAGAAAAAUAAUAAUAUUAAUCUUUUAAUAGGGGAGAGGUUGAGAAAAUAAUUAUUUUGAGAUGAAAUAAUGAGAGAGACAAAUAGGUAAAUUAAGGGAAAAAGUACUUUAUUUGAAGAAAAUGAGAACGUUCAUUGCCGUUCGGAAGCUGAGGCAGUUUCCAAUCAAAAACAUAACGAAAAAGUCCAUUUUUAUAGUCGAUUAAAAAAUAUGGCGAAUCUUGAAUUCUCUCCAUCUCCAGAAGCAAUAAACAAAUAGCUGACAGAAUCGGACAUGUUCUCAGAAAUUCACUGAUGAACUUGAGAAACUCAUUACUCCCAUGAGCGUAACAUAAAUGUCGAUGAAACUGACAGGAGAAAUUACUUAAGGGAAGGAAAUGACGUGGAAAAGUAAAAAAAGCAGAAAUUGUUGUCAUAAAUGGCAUUGAAAAGCUGGGGAAAUUUCUGAUCUCAUACGAUAUAUUUAACAGUCAUUUCGAAGAAUCCUUUAUGAGACAAUUAAAGAUAACAAUUGUCCAUAAUUAAAUUUGAAGAAUCAAUACAUGAAAA